AUGGAGACAAUAGGCCGGUUCUUUACUCUGAAUUGGACGAUUCCAAUUUUCUCGUGCCACAUUAGAAUAAUAUUCACGGCAAAGGGGAAGCAGGAGAAGUGGACAGCAGAGUACAAAAAAAAUGACAAGCAGUGGGCGAUAAACAACGAGCUUAUAACGUCCUCUGAUACGAUUGAGUUUGGCUUUGAGAACAACCAGUAUUUUUUGGGCGUGGCUGCGCCCUCCUGCGUGUAUGCAUUUGAGAUAAAUGAGCUGCAGAAGAUUCUGAGUGCAGGUAUGGGGACCAGAUUCAAGCAGAUAUACAGAAGCAUAAAGAGGCAGCUGGGCAUGUCUACAGGCACAGCAGCGCACUACAAAAACCUUUUAAAGACAACAAGCUGUUUUGUGCAGCAGAAGGGUGUUGACAUAUAUGGAAGAAGAAUUACUCUGUGGAAGACAGACCCGCAGCAGAUAGAAAACUUUCGGGCGAUUCGGGCGGGCGUGCAGAAUAUUUUAGUGAAAUUUGUCAACAGAAAAGAGCAUGUAAAGGUUUUCUACACGUCUAAAAAAAGCAGUGUGCAGCUGGGAAGGGAAAAGAAGGAGAAGCAAAAAAAGAAACAGAAGGAAGAACAGAGCGAGCAAAAAAGCAAAAAAAAGAGGCAAAAGAGAACAAAGAUAGAAAAAAGCCGUGCAAAGAAAGAGCUGUUUUAG